AUGAGAAGGUUGGAGGAACAGAACUCAUUGUCUCGCUACGCCUCGAUGGCGCUACAGAUCUUGAGUCAUAGGGAUGGGGUUCGGAGGAGGACGAAUGAAGGCUCCGGCGAGGUCACUUCCUUUCCCGGAUUCGUUAGAUUGCCACCAGUUCCAGGAUUGGUAGUUGGGCUCUGCUCGCUUGGCAACUGUGAACCCGCUGUUCAAUCAUCCCCAGUUAGAAAGGUAACCUCAUGCCUAAGCGCUGUUCGAGAAGGAUAUGUGGGACUUAAGGGAGUACCGGUGCUUACUCUUGCACCGCUUACGGGAGCAACUUCUUCUUUAACAACUUAUUCUGUCUCUCAAUCCGAUUGUGGUCAUACUUCUUCGACUAGGGAAUUUGCUUCUUACCAUAGAAUAAAUAGGAAUGAAACUACUGCUAUGGAAUCUUCUGUAACAGACUAUUCUCUAGGAGCGGAUUCUUGUACUGAUGAUUCAGCUAUAGGUUUCGGAGGGGAAGAUCUCUCUUCCUCUUCUUUCUUGUCUUCUUAUUCAAUAGAGAGUAGGGCGGGAAGUAGUCUUCUUGCUAGCUUGAUGGCUGUGACGAAAGAGCAGGCAAUCUUUCCUCCGAUUCAUCAAACCGCAACACUUGAUCUUGCCCCGCUUGCACCGUUCACUCACUCCUUCAGGAACAUAAGAGAGAAAAUUCGUUCAUCAGUCGGUCUCUUCUUAUCCCCAAGAGCUACUGCACUACGCCUAGCGGAAGGAAAGGAGGUCUUUUAG